CUCCUUCGGGCCCACGCUGUAUGCGGAGCCGCUACUGCCGCCAGCUGCAGCACGCCCUGAGCUUUCGUUUCCCGCUGCCGACGCGCCGCCCGCUUCUCUUCUGCCCGCACCGCCUCAUGAAGCCGCUGGUCGUGUUCGUCCUCGGAGGGCCGGGAGCCGGCAAGGGGACCCAGUGCACCCGCAUCGUGGAGAAAUAUGGCUACACACACCUUUCUGCAGGAGAACUUCUUCGAGAUGAGAGAAAGAACCCGGAUUCCCAGUAUGGUGAACUCAUUGAAAAGUGCAUCAAAGAAGGAAAGAUUGUACCAGUUGAGAUAACCAUCAGCUUGUUGAAAAGGGAAAUGGAUCAGACAAUGACUGCUAAUGUCCAGAAGAAUAAAUUCUUGAUUGAUGGAUUUCCAAGAAACCAAGACAACCUUCAAGGUUGGAACAAGACUAUGGAUGGGAAGGCAGAUGUAUCUUUCGUCCUGUUUUUUGACUGUAACAAUGAGAUUUGUAUUGAACGAUGUCUUGAGAGGGGAAAGAGCAGUGGUAGAACUGAUGACAACAGAGAAAGCUUGGAAAAGAGAAUUCAGACCUACCUGCAAUCAACAAAGCCAAUUAUUGACUUAUAUGAGGAAAUGGGGAAAGUCAGGAAGAUAGAUGCGUCCAGGUCUGUGGAGGACGUUUUUGAUGCAGUUGUAAAGAUUUUUGACAAAGAAGGCUAACUUGACCCCUGAAGGCGUCCUUGGAAUCAUGCUUGAAUAUUGCUUUGAUAGCUGCUGUCACAACCCCCUCUUAAGGCAAUUUUGAUCUUUCAUAAUUACAUCUCAAUUAAUGGCUGGAAAGUGUGUAGUAAGACAGAUUAAACUUUUACCUUCAGGG